AUGGAGUCAGAGGGAGCACUACUGAACAAUCAAAGGGAGCAGACAUCGAUCUGCUUCAAGGCCUUUAUGCUAAAAAAUAGCACAAAAAGUAACCUCAACCUCUAUGACCAUUUUGCACGGGUACUGACCAAGGUGAUGGAUGAGCGCCCAGAAAAUGUGGUUGACGUAAUUGAAGACAUGAGCCAUGAGGUGAAGCGGGGAUUGCUGCUGGACAAGCAGAGCACAUUGAGAGACAUACCUCUGUCGGCUGCUGCACAGCUCCUGGCUGAGCAGCAGAUGUUGCUGUUUUCACGGGGAGGGAGUGAUGAUGGUGACCAAGAGGUAGAAACACCGCUCCCCAAUGUGAGUGAAGUUGGCUUUUUACUGGAGCAGGCUGGAGUGGGACUGGGCAGAGAGGAGAUGCUGAAGGUUUUUCUGGCACUCAAGCAGUUGGUAAAUUCCCAACCACUAGCACGCUGCCGACUCUGGGGUAAGAUCCUGGGCACUGAGGGCAACUAUCUUGUUGCUGAGGGUGAGUACAGAGAUGAGGAGGAAGGGAUUCAUGAGGAAACAGCGGAAGAUGCAGAAGGAGAACCUCGGGAUGAUGAUGAGGAAGCUGAGAUGGUGGAAAUUGAUACACUCCCAAGAUCCACUUUCAAGCCGCCACCUGUGGUGCCAAAGGAGGACAACCGCACAGGUGUGAACAAAUUCACUUACUUUGUGUGCAGAGAGCCUGGCCUUCCCUGGAUGAGGCUGCCCACUGUCACUCCUACCCAGAUUACAGCUGCGCGCCACAUCCGCAAAUUCUUCACAGGGAGACUGGAAGCCCCCAUUGUUAGCUAUCCUCCUUUCCCUGGCAAUGAGGCUAACUAUUUGCGAGCCCAAAUUGCUCGCAUCUCUGCCAGCACACAGGUCAGUCCCCUUGGGUUCUACCAGUUUGGAGAGGAGGAAGGUGAGGAAGAAGAGGAGGGAGCCCGAGACAGCUUUGAAGAGAAUCCUGACUUUGAGGGUAUUCCUGUUCCUGAAAUGGCAGAAUCUCUAUCCACCUGGGUGCAUCAUGUCCAGCACAUUCUCCAACAGGGUCGCUGUGUGUGGGUGAACCUGGCUGAGAAGCCUGAGGAUGACUUUGAGGAGGAAGCAGAUGAAGAGGUGAAGGAGGAGGCUGAUGAGCCUGAGCCAGAGGUGGGCCCCCCCCUCCUCACACCACUCUCUGAGGAUGCAGAGAUUACCACCACCCCUCCCUGGAGCUCCAAGAUGUCCUCCACCCUCAUCUCUCAGUUUGCUGUUGCAGUGCUACACUCCAACCUCUGGCCAGGGGCUUAUGCUUAUGCCAGUGGAAAGAAGUUUGAGAACAUAUACUUUGGCUGGGGCCUGAAAUUUGCAGGGGAAGUCUACACUCCAACUUUUCCAACAAUGCCCCAGCGAGAAUACACCAGCGGGCCAGAGAUCACAGAGGCUCUGGACCCCAGUCUGGAGGAAGAGCAGGCCCUGAAAGCAGCCCUGGAGGAGCAGAAGGCUGCCCAAGAUGAGACAGGGGGCCUGGGUGGAGAUGAAGAGGAUGAUGAUUGA